GCUUUUAGGAAGGCUGGGGAAAGGAAGACAGAAAAUGGGGUAGAAGGAAAAGAGUUCCCUUCCAGCCAGUGCAUCUCCUCGUGGUUCCUGUUGACCUCUUGUAUAAUUCUUGCAGCUUUGGUAGGAUUAAGCUCAUGUUCCUGUGACCUUUCUUCACCUUGAGGAAACAAGAGGGAAAAGGAAACAAAACUAAGGAGUUAACUCCUUCCCCUGCCUUGGGAUGUCAAGAAAAGUUCAGCAUCACACAUGGUGAGGUAGAAGGAAUUGUGUCUGUUUCAGCAGCUCAGUCUUAAAUUUUAAUCAGACUGUAAUGUAACUUGAGGAGGAAGGACACUGCUGACUUGUUGCAUUUGGGAUUCCCGUACAACCUGUCACUCCUCAUGCUGUUGCUACUUUUCAAUGCGGCAGUUCAAGCACGUCUUUCUGGUUUCCAGCCAAGUUUUAGAAGCUGUCGUUUUUGUUUGCGUUUUGUCCACAAACAUUUUAAUUGUCUCCCUUUUCCUGGAUUUUGUUUCCUCUGUGGAGUAUAACAAGAAGGAAUUGCCCUGAAGCUUAGUAAAGGCUGGGCUCAGCUAAACCAAAGGGAUUUUGGAAAGUAAUCUUCUUGCUCUUCUGUAGAAGGGGGGAAAAGAAGAAAAGAAGACAUCAGCAAAGCUGUAACUGUACAGUACCUUAACUCUGGAAUGUGCUGCUGAGAGUGAGGUUCAUGUCUCUUCUUGGAUUUCAUCCUGCUUCUUGAGUAUGGGUUAAUGGUGUUCAAUCAUGGUGGUCACCCAGCUGCAAUUGGAGCUGUGCUUUCAGGGGAAGAAACUGAGAGGUUUCACUUGCAAGUUAACCAGAUCACCCCAUGGAUUCCUCCCAGAGACAUCCUUCUCCAUUGUAUCUCAGAUCUUUGUGCCAUUAUUCUUGGCAGGUUUAGGCUUGGUGCUUGCUGGCCUCUUGAUGGAAGUUGUUCAUCAUUGGGAGGUGUUUAAGACAAUCACAGAAGUAUUUAUUCUGGUUCCUGCCCUUCUUGGCUUGAAGGGUAACCUUGAAAUGACCUUGGCAUCAAGACUUUCUACUGCUGCUAACACUGGACAGAUGGAUGAUCCCCAUGAACAGUGGAAAAUGGCCACCUGUAAUUUGGCUUUGAUUCAGACACAAGCCACAGUUGUGGGACUCCUGGCAGCUGUAGUUGCAGUCCUUUUCAAGGCCAUAGCCAAAGGGUAUGUGGAGCUGAACCAGGCAGCCAUGCUUUGUGCUAGCAGUGUGACGACGGCAUUCAUUGCUGCCCUCUCACUUGGUCUGGUGAUGAUUGGUGUAAUUGUUGGUGCAAGGAAGGUUGGGAUUAAUCCAGACAAUGUUGCCACCCCCAUCGCAGCAAGCCUUGGAGACCUGAUCACCCUUUCCUUGCUCGCUGGAAUCAGCAGCACUCUCUUCAAAUACAUUGAUGUGAGUUACCUUUCACCCUUGAUCUGUGCUGUCUUCAUUGUGAUGAUUCCUCUGUGGGUUGCUAUUGCCAAGCAGAGUCCUGCCAUUGCUGAAGUCUUGAAGUCUGGAUGGCAGCCAGUCAUUGUUGCAAUGACCAUCAGCAGCAUUGGCGGCCUCAUCUUGAACAAAACCGUGGCCAAGCCGAACUUCGAAGGCAUGGCUGUUUUUACUCCAGUAAUCAAUGGUGUGGGUGGCAAUUUGGUUGCUAUCCAGGCCAGUCGCAUUUCUACAUUUCUUCACUUCUGGAGCAUGCCUGGUGUCUUGCCCUACAAGAUGAGACAGCACUGGCCUAAUCCAUGUACCACCUUCUUCACUUCAGGAGUCAAUUCCAAGUCAGCUCGUGUGCUAAUCCUGUUGGUGAUCCCAGGGCACCUGGUGUUCCUGUACACCAUUCAUGUCCUACAGGGAGGCCACAUCUCUCUUACCUUCAGUUUUGUGUCAUUUUACCUGAUAGCUGCUCUCCUGCAGGUGGGAAUCCUGCUCUACAUGGCUGACCUGGUUGUGCGGCUGAUGUGGCGAAAGGGACUAGAUCCUGAUAAUUUCUCCAUCCCCUACCUCACUGCACUGGGAGACCUCCUAGGCACUGGAUUGCUAGCACUUUGCUUUCUCUUGGUUUGGGUGAUCAGUGGGCCACAGACGGAACUGGGAAACUAAAAAGACUUCUGCAAUAUUGCCCUGCCCACCACUGUGACAAGUGAGACUUUCACUAUGGUGCUUUUAACAUGGUCCAACAGGGUAUUAAAAGGAUAUUGGAGAUCCAUCCUCUUUGAUCUCAACAUUGCAUAGCUGUGUUGUAUGAAAAAUACCAAUGAAGUGAUAGCAAUGAAAAAUACCAA